AGAAAACUGAGGUUUGGUGCAGUUGAUGACGUGCUCCUGGGAUCACAGCUGGAGCUGCAUGCCAGCACCACCGUUGGGAUGAAAAGGCUCGCACCUGGGACCGUGCUGUUUUAACGCGCGUUGCCCUUGAGCAACACAGCGUGGGUCCUGCCCCCACCACGGUCCCCGUGGCCAGGCUUUGAUGAGGCCAGAGCGUUAUGUACAGCGUAGAAGACCUCCUGAUCUCCCACGGCUACAAGCUGUCCAGAAACCCACCGGCAGCACGGGAGGAUGACGGCAAGGGGCGCCAGCCCACAAGGACCCGGGCACCGGCAGGCCCCGGCCUGCUGAACGGGUAUGACGAUGGCCCCGCCGCCUUCCCACGUGGCACGGCUUCACUGGGGACCGACCGCCUGAGCGAUCCCGAAAGCCGCCUCGGGGGGCUGAGGGGCCGAGGGGAGCCCCUGCGCCCUGCUGCUGCUGCCCGGAUCUCCGAGACCGGGUUCUACCACCAGCCCGUGCUCGCGGGGUCCUCGCAGCCCCUGACCGGCCGCAGCCACGCCUACUGGAGGAGGAGAGAGCCGGAGGCCCGGAAAGACCCGGCCCAGGCCCCCAGCGCGCCUGCGCGCAUGACGGAGGGUCCCUGGGAAGUUGGAGGAAGGACGGAGAACGUGAUGAAGAAGGCAGUCUGGGAAGAAGAGCUGGGAAUGGCGGGUCCCGCCAGGUGGCAGAGCGUCCGUGUUGGAAGCUGGAAGCAGCCACGGAAACUGGGGAGGCAGAUGUCAGACGGUGUCGGGGAGAAGUUGUUUCAAGAUCUGUACCCAUUCGUGCUCGGAGAACACGGGUUGACCUCCCAGAGCAAAGGGAAAUCCCAGUCGUUGCCAAGAGUUCUUUCCCCCGGGAGCCUGAGCUGCGUGGAGGUUCCCAUCCCGUUGAGUGAUGGGCACGUACCAGGUGUCCCUAAAGUGCCAUUUCAGCCUCCGAAUUGUGCUCCCGAUUCGGAAUCUGCCAGGAGCGCCGAGAAGGGCGGCUCCUUGGCCCCCUUACCCCGGCCUAGGUUUGGGAGACCCCUCAAGCCUCCUUCCUACGGCUCCCACCAACACUCCAGGGCAGGCGUGGAAAACGGCAACUAUGUGGACAGCCGGCAGCCGGACCCGGGUGCUGGUUACUCGGCCAAGACCAACGACACCAGGCAGGAGCUCUGCGGGCCCGACCCCGGCCUGGAGCCCCCGGUGUAUGUGCCUCCGCCCUCGUACAGGUCACCACCCCAGCCCACCGCACAUGCCUGCCCGGCGGAGGCGGUGCCUGGGCACGAGGGCGGAGGCCACCGCGCACAGCAGCACCUGAUGGAGAAGCCCGCCGCCAGCUGCCAGGCCCCUUCUGGCUCCCGGGGAGCCAGGAAUGAGCGCAGGGCCAGCCCGUGCUCUCCUGUCGGGGUCCCCCCACAGCCCCACCCCACCACGGCUUACGACCGCUCCAUCGUGUAUAUUCCCUUCAAUGACCCACGGAUACGACACCUUAAACUAGCCCGACCCCACGGGUUCUGGGAAGACGUGAAGCUGGAUGGUCCUGUCCCAGCCCCAGAGCCGGCACAGGGAAGCCUGCAGCGUGAGGGUGCCGUUCGGGGCCCCGCGGGGAGGGAGAGGGCCCCCACCCCGGCGGAUCCCAGCCCCCCUUGGCUGUGGGGCCACCUCCCCAGGGCGGGAGAGGACGGUGGCUUUCUUGACCAAAGAGACCCCUGCGUUGUCACACGGGGACAGCGGCCUGACGUGAGCAGCGGCCCCCGCGGGUACACAGAAAGCCUCGUCUCCUCCCCAAGCCCCCAGGGCGAGAGUACCUGCGAAACACAGACCCAGCUCAGAAAGUUCAAAACUGGGCUGCAGACCAAGAAAAGUUCAAAGAAGAAAACGAGCGAGACAAUAUUUUGUUUGGUUUCCAUCCCAGUCAAAUCAGAAUCACAUCUGCCAGAUACAGAUACGAACAACAAUGACUUGAAGCAGAGCGCGGACGAAAGGCCCAGGCCCGGCAGGAGCGCAGCUUUGCAGGAACAGAGCCUGCUGAGCUUGUCCUCCACCGACCUGGAGCUGCAGGCGCUCACGGGCAGCCUGGCCGGGAGGACGGGGCCCCAGAAAACAGACCCAGGGGACACCCGAGGGGACCAGCUUGCUGACGACCUCGGGUUCCCGCACCCCGCGAAACAUGGUGCGCUUACGUGUCCCGGCUCGUGGCCCGGGCACCAGUACAGGGACCAGCAAACCCAAACCAGCUUUAUCCGGGAAUCCCAAAGCCCACAGUCCUUCCCCGGGGAGAAGCAGGGAGCCUCCCCCGAUGCCCUGCUGCUGCCCCAAAGAUGCUUGGAACCUGCACCCUUCGAGGUCCAGAUGCACAUGGCGUUCGCAUCCACUGACCAGAACCAGAGGCCCAGAGCUCAUUCCCCGAAAGGUCCAGGGCCCCUCAGCCCGUCCAGCAGCGGCGUUUUCUCAAGGUCCUCCUCGUCCAGGGACCAGGCCCCCGCGCCAAGGGCCGGCCCGGGUCCGCCGUGCGCAGACGGCCGUGGCCACCAGGCCAGCCCAGUGCCCAGGGGCGAGGUGGUCAAGGGGGAGACCACGGGCCCCUGCAACAGUAGACAGCUGUUCGGGCAGUUCCUCCUGAAGCCCGUCAGCCGCCGCCCCUGGGACUUGAUCAGCCAGUUAGAGAGUUUCAACAAGGAGCUUCAGGAGGAGGAAGGGAGCAGUGACGGCAGCAGCAGUGGCAGCGAGGACAGCGAGGCAGAGCCGUCCUGGGGAGGCCAUGCCCGCCCCGCACCCGAGCAUCCCAGCCUCGUGGAGGGCAGGGCGCCUGAGGACCCGGGGCCCAGGCCGGGAAGAGUCAAGAGCAAGUCUGAGAGCUGGAGUGAGGAGGGGAGGCCUCGGUCCCCCAGGCCCUGGCAGGCAGAAGACGCCAGAGGUGCCACGUGGCUGUCUCCCCCCGGGAGCUGGGUUGCAGGGGACGGGGACCGGGAGGUCGAGGACGGGCUGCCCGAGCUGGCGGUCAGCCCGAGGCCUGUGAAACGAGUGACGUCUUCUGGGUCGAGCGAUGCCAAAGAAGUGCCCUCACCCGAUUCAGCGGAACCGAGGGCGCCCCCGCCGCGUCAGGAGCUCCCCAGCGGGCUCAGGGCUCUGCAGCUGAGCGCGGGCAGCGCUCCCACGGCGGGCAGUGGGGAGCAGAGGCGCACGGGGGUCCCCCUCUCUCUCGCCGGCAAACCCCGAGGCCUGUCGGCGCCAGACUUGAGGUCUGUGGGGCUGACACUGGCACCGGAGCAGAGUGCCAGCAUGUUAGCAGGGUCUCCUGCUGAAGCCAGCGCAGUAGAAAUCCCCCCAAACGAGUCCCUCGAAGCCAGGGCUGCCAGGAUCCUGGGCAUCGAGGUGGCCGUGGAGUCCCUGCUGCCGGGUGCCCGGAGGACGGGGCACAGCCAGCACCCUGAGCCUGAGGGAGGUGCCCACAGGCCCGAGUCCCCCCCACAGGAGGCAGCAGCCAGCCCAGCCCAGCCAGAUGACCCCAUCGCAUCCACCGACGCCUUCUAUGGGAGGAGGAAGUGCGGCUGGACCAAAAGCCCUCUGUUUGUAGGAGAAAGGGACAGUACCCGGCAGGCUCCCCGGGCCUCCGAGCCCUCGGGUGUGGACGGGGUUGCCUCCAGCAAGGCCUCCGAGCCUCAGCCCAGCCCCCAGGAGUGCCAGCCCUUCCAUCUCAAGGAUGUGGGGACAAAGCCACCCUUCAGGUCCACCUUGUUCCAUUUUGUAGAAAGGACCUCAAGUUUGGCAGCCUCAGAAAAGAGGCUCCGAAGCACGUCCAAAGUGAUUGAAAGUUUACAGGAGAAACUGGCGUCCCCACCCAGAAGGGCAGACCCCGGCCGCCUAAUGAGGAUGAAGGAGGUGAGCUCCGUGUCUCGGCUGAGGCUCCUGACCUCGAGGGGCACAGACUCUGCGGAGGAGGCUGAGGUGCCGAAGGGCGAGAGGGGCCCCAGGGCGCAGCCAGGAGGCCUGGGGGCUCUGAGCGACGGGCACAAGCUCUUUGACCCCAGCAGCACCCUCCUGCUGGAAGAAGACAGGCGUCCGACAGCACGAAGAGAGGAGAACGGUGGUCAAGACUUCUGGUGCCCAGAUUCGUACGACCCUAGCAGGGUGGAGAGGGUGUGACGACAUGCCAGUGGAGCGUGGGGCUGCGUUGCCUGCUAACGGAGUGACCUCCGAGCUGGCCUCAGCCCCGCCGCCUGGGAGGAAGCUGGGACCCACGCUGGGACACCCUGUUCCACUGCUGCCAGGAAAUUCAUCAGCCCUGCAGAGGCACUCGAUGGAAAUAAAGCAGUAGUCCGCUGAAACCAUCUGUUUUUAUAGCACGAAGAGUUAAUACCUGUAUUUAGAAAAGAGUCACAAAGACCCUGCUGAAUGGUGGAUUUAGCCAUGCUGGUAAAGAGUUUGGUGUUGAUCUGGCUGUAUGGGAAAACUCAAAUGUUGGUGGCAUAAUGAAUGAUUUUGAAAGGACCGUGAAUGUCGUCAAUCCCCCUCCGCGUCCCCGUGGCCUGCGGUCCACGCUCCUGGUAGGGAGUUUGGGCCGCAGGCCACUGCUCGCGUGUCAGCACUUUGAGUUCUGGGGAAAUGUGAACGCACAUGUAUAAUCCUUUUUUCAUCCGUUUGGCCUUCUGCUGCUGAAGUCACUUUACAUAGAAGUUACUUGCCAUCAGAGAAUAAAAGCAGUAGCUUUUAAGUUCCCAAAAGAGUAAAACUUGUACCGUAGUGAACUAAGAGUACUAUUUAUCUGGCAGUGAGAUACUUUGAUCAUUUGCAAACAUGAUGUUGUCUGCUUUGCACUCAGUAUUAUCUAUUUUUAUUUCCUGUAUGGAUGUUUAGAAAUUCUUUAUAUGAAAAAUAAUGCUGGUUUAAAAUAGACCAUUUUAACAAAGUAACUAUAUUUCUUUUUACAAAAAUGCUAUUUUUCUAUGAUGUAAACAAUUGUUAGCUGGCAGAUUUUUAAGGAAGUUUAUUGUAUUUAAAAGUCUGUAUCCCUUUGUGUGAGAGGAACUGGAAGAGGGUUCACAUUUGCUUUAGAGCAUAGAGCCCUCACCCGUUCACAACUCGGCUACUUUUCGUUUAUCUUAGAAAGAGCUGUCAAUAUAGGCAUUUUUCAGGGUUAAUAAAAUUCACUUUUCACAAAGAUUUUUUCACAAAUGGAGCUGUAAGGUUAUAUUUGAAAAUAACCCUCUUAAAACCAGCCAACAUCCUUAUGACAAGUUUUUGCUGCCAUGUCCACUAGAAUUACCAAAAAAAUAGUUUCAUCUUUGUAUGUCUGCGGGGAUCUGCCCUGAGACCAUACUUCUCCUGCCCCAGCCCACCCCUUUAAAGAAAUAUGUAUUUUUAUCUAGAAUGAUCCUUAAUUAGUGUCUGCAUAUUUUUCAGAAUGCUAGAGACGUAUGUAUGCCAUUACAAAAGUAUUAUGAGGCCUACGUAUUCUACUGUUUACUAUUGCAUUAACCUGCACAAAGUUUAUGCAUUUUUUACGCGUAUGUCACUUCUUUCUACGUCGGGCAUUCUUGUGAGCUAACAUUUCCUGAGUGGUUUCUUUUCUCCUCUCUUUCUCCUUUUCCUCUCCCUUUUUUUUUUUUUUUUUUUUCUUUCUUCUUUCCUUCUCUCUCACUCUUUCUCUUUUUCAGAAACCACCUUAUCUGUUUUUAGGCGUUUCAAAUGCCUAAAAUGUGAACCAUUGGGUGGUCUGCGAUUUGGCCCUAAAACGACUCUGGGCUUUCAUGCCUGUUUUUAUCUGUACCAGAUGAUUUUAUUUCAUCAGAACUUCGUGUAUUUGGACGGUAAUAAACAACACAGAAUCCAAGCAGUUCUGAAGUCUUUUCAAAUACGCUUCUCCGCCGCCUUGGUUCUUACCUAUCACUCAUGGUCACUCCCUUCCAGAUUCUGGUUCCUGUGAAAUUAGAGGAUCCUCUGUGUCUUGUAACACAGGGGGACGAUGGGCCAGGCCUCUGCCAGGAAUGGCUGAAACCAUUUUUUCCAGGAAAAGUGUCACGGGGAAGAGGCCGCUUACUCUACUGUAGUUGGUGAAUCACUGGGGUCAUCUGGUAGCUCUAAGUGAGGGCGGCUGGCUACUGGGGGUCCUUGUGAAACAGGAGGAAAGGGGGCAGGGCACAACCUUUGAAAGAAUGGCACAGCCCGAAGACAUGAUAUAAACUGAUUAGAACCAAAGGGGUCCAAGAUGGCGGACAAGUGGACUUCCAGGCGCCAUGACAGUUCCAAGGCUGUCCAUGAGGAUCAAAAGUGG